AUGUCUGCUCUCUCCAAAACCCAGGCCGGUUACAUCUUCAAGAAGGGUGCCGGUCACAUCGUCAAGGCCGAGGUUCCAAUCCCCAAGCCAACUGGUGCCCAAUCUCUUCUUAGGGUCAAGGCUGCAGGAAUGUGCCACUCUGACUUGCACGUCAUUGGAGAAACAUUGGAGGUCCCUACCGAUGGGUACGUGCUCGGUCACGAAAUUGCUGGUGAAUUGGUGGAGAUCGGAGACUCGGUCAACCCUGAAGUUUUUAAGGUGGGAGGCCGUUAUGCUGUUCAUGGACUGAAUUCGUGUGGAUCCUGUGAGAUGUGUCGUACCGGUCAUGACAAUGACUGUACUGGAAAUGAAUCGAAAUGGUACGGUCUGGGAAUUAGUGGUGGUUACCAGCAGUACCUGCUGGUGCCAAAUUCGCACCAUCUAUUGCCUAUUCCAGAUAACGUGUCCUACGAAGUUGCUGCUGCCACCUCUGAUGCUGUCUUGACUCCAUACCAUGCUAUCAAGAAUUCCGGAGUGACUCCAUCUUCUAAGGUGUUGAUGUUUGGUCUGGGUGGUUUGGGAUCGAACGCACUUCAGAUCCUCAAGGCAUUUGGAGCCUAUGUGGUUGCCGUUGAUGUCAAGCCCGCAUCCAAAGCAAUUGCCGACGAAUUCAAAGCGGAUGAAUUCUAUACCGAUAUCAGCCAAUCUUCUUGGAAACCAGCCUCGUUUGAUUACUGUUUUGACUUCGUUUCGCUGCAGGUCACCUUCGACAUCUGCCAGAAGUAUAUCAAGUCCCACGGUACCAUCUUCCCAGUGGGUCUGGGCUCGAGCAAGCUGACUUUCGACUUGGGAAACCUGGCAUUGCGUGAAGUAAAAAUUGUUGGUAACUUCUGGGGUACUUCUCAGGAACAGAUCGAAGCAAUGGAGCUGGUUAGCUCGGGUAGGGUCAAGCCUCAAGUUCACACCACCGAACUUGAAAACCUUCCUGAAUCACUUGAAAAACUGGAGGAGGGUAAGAUCAAUGGAAGAUUGGUUAUGCUUCCAUGA